AUGCCCAACGCUUAUGUGGGCAUACUCCUCCUUUUAUGCAUGACCAGAGAUGGCCAGUUGGACGCUACUUCAGCACAGUGCGACCAGAACCAAUGCAAUCUGGGCCGGGAUGACAAGCUCAACAUACACUUGAUUGCCCAUACACACGACGAUGUCGGUUGGACUCAGACUGUUCAGGAAUACUACGAUUCUAGUGUCCGAUCGAUUUUGGAUACGUCCAUAUCCACACUAUUAGAGAAUGAGUCGUAUCGUUUCACAUACGUGGAGAUGGCGUAUUUCCACAAAUGGUUUGUGCAACAGUCAACAUUGGUUCAGUCCAAAGUGCGUGAAUUGAUCAGGACCGGGCGUCUGGAGUUCGCACUCGGUGGAUGGGUUAGUUCCGAUGAGGCAGUGGUCUUCUAUGGGGACGAAGUGGAUCAGUUGUCAAUCGGGCGUGACUUUAUUCGCAGAAAUUUCGGGUCAUGCAGUCUUCCUCGUGUGGCUUGGCAAGUUGAUCCUUUUGGUCAUGCUCGUGAACGAGCCCAGGUAUUUUUGGAAGCCGGAUUUGAUUCCCUAUACUUUCAGAGAAUGGACUACGUUGAGAAAUAUGCUCGAAGAGACAAUAGAGAAUUAGAAUUCCUAUGGGAUCCCAGUCCAAAACAGGAACGGUCUGACGAAAAUGACUCUGGACCGUUUUCUAAACUAUUUACUCAUGUGUUCUAUGAUAAAUAUUGCUACCCGGAAGGCGGA